AUGGCGCCGGACCGCCCCGUAACACCCCAGUUACCGCGCGCGAUGCGCAAGCUCCGAGAGCCGCGCACGGUGCAGCGCAUCUCCCUCGGGUGCCUCAAUACAAAGCACCCACUGCGAAGAGUUUGCAUCAAGAUCCUCCAAUCGCCGUGGUUUGACCGGGUCAUUAUCCUCGCCGUGUGCUGCAAUACGGUGAUUCUCGGUCUCGUCGACUAUGAGAACGCGUGGGUCGAAGGCCCCAACCCCAACAUGGGUGUCAACAAGCUCAUCGAGCAGUGGAAUGGCGUGAGCCUCUACAUUUUUGUGGCCGAAAUGGUCGUCAAGAUCAUCGCCAUGGGCUUCUUCGUUGGCGAAGGCGCGUACUUGCUCGACAGCUGGAACCGCCUUGACUUUGUCAUUGUCCUCUCCGGCAUGCUCUCGGUGCUCAACAUCAAAGUCGGGUUCGUCCGCGUCCUGCGCGUCCUCCGACCGCUCCGAACGCUCCACACGUUUCCAGGCCUCAAGGUGCUCACCAACUCGCUCCUCUCCAGUCUGCCGGCGCUCGGAAACGUGGCCAUUUUGCUCGCCUUCAUAUAUAUCGUGUUUGCGAUCCUCGGCAUGGAGAUCUGGCGCGGCGCGUUCCACUCGCGCUGCCGCCUCACGCCCUUUCCGAUUGCGCUGCCGUUUGACGCGCUGAAUCCGCCGGGCGCCAAUGCCUACCCCGUAAGCGCCGCGUACUUGGCCAAAGUGCUGGCCAACCCAGCGUGGUACCGCUGCAACAAGAGCGACGGGUCUGCGUACCUUGUGGACGAUACAUGGGAUAUACGCGCCAACUGCUUUUGGCCGCUGGACAGCGGCCUUCCGAUGCCACGGCUAUGCUCCUCGUCGGGUCGUACGUGCAACGUGAAUCAAACGUGCGGCUCCAACUAUGACCCAAACGGGAACCCUCGCUUUCUCGAUAUCGCGGGACCGCUGCUCAAUCUCUCCAUCAUGGGCGAGCCGACGUUCAAUGCGAAUCUGAACUUCGGGCUCACCAACUUUGACAACCUCGGCAACACGCUCAUGGUCAUCCUCCAAGUCGUGACAGCGUCCGGCUGGAUGGCGCUGACCGAGACGGCGCAAUGGGUCGGCAACCCCGCGCUAGCGGCCAUCUACUUCAACUUGCUCCUCAUCAUUGGCAUGUGCUUCUUGCUCCAGCUCAAUAUGGCCGUCCUCUUUACCGAGUUUGAGAAAGCCAAGGACCAGCAAGCCAAGGCGGCCCACGCCAGAGCUGUCGACGUCAUCAAACGCCUCUCCAUGGUGCCACCCCCGCCCGUGUCGACAUCGCAGACCAAGCGCAUAGACACGGCCGAUGUUGUCGUCGCGCCGGCAUGGCGCCGGUGCGUCGUUGAGUGGCGACUCUGCAUUCGGCAAGUCGUGCUCACGACGGCGUUUCGACGGCUCGGCAUUUUUAUCACGCUCAGCAACGUCUUUGUCAUGUCGCUCAACCACACCGAGAUGAGCUACACGUUCGCGUACAACUGCGAAGUGCUCAACUUUACGUUUAUGAUCUACUUUGGCAUCGAGUCGCUUCUGAAAAUGAUCGCGCUCGACCUGCGACCGUUCUGGGCCGACAAGUUUAACCGGUUCGACCUCUUCACCUUUCUCAUCGGUAUUGUGGAAGCGAUGCUCAACCCGCCAACCUUUAUCGACGGCACGUCGGGCGGGUCCGGUCUCUUUACAGCCUUCCGCGUCGCGCGCGCGUUCAAAUUGGCCCGGUCCUGGAAGUCGCUCAACAAACUCCUCAUGGCGAUUCUCAAUUCGUUUGGGGAGAUUCUCAACUUUCUCUUCUUCCUUGUGCUGUUUUGCUACAUUUAUGCGCUCUUGGGGAUUGAGCUCUUUGCGACCAAGUUUCAAUUUGACGUCAACAACCACGCGCUGCCGUACAACAAUACGAACCCGACGUCGCUGCGCCACCGCAACAACUUUGACAGCAUCACGUGGGCGUUCUUUACCGUCUUCCAAGUCAUCACAUACGACAACUUUCCCAACGUGACGUACGACGGCUGGAUCAGCGUCGGGUGGAUCUCGCCCGUCUACUUUGCGUCCAUUAUCGUCUUUGGCGUCUGGAUCGUCAUGAACAUGUUCUCCGCCAUCCUCGUCCAGAGCUGCAUGGUCGACGACGAAGACGACGACGACGACAAGGGCGACGAUGGAAACAACGGCAAACGAAGGACUCGGCGACCUGCCAACCGGCGGGUCCGGCGCGCCAAACGCGCCAUGUUCCAGCUGAUUCGCUUCUUCGACGCCAACGUUCAUGAUCCGAACGAAGCGCGACAGCGCGAGGCCGCGUCCUAUUUGCUCAACAAGGGCAACGCGCUGCUCCUCUUUUCACCGCGGAAUCCGAUCCGGCGCUUUUGCGUCGUUCUCCUCCAGCGGCGCGAGUGGACGUGGUUCAUUUCCAUCUCGAUUGCGGUCUCGUGCAUCUUUACGGCCAUUGACACGCCGCUUUUGGACCCGAAUUCGUCGCUUGGGCAGUCGAUUGCGACCUCCAACGCGGUCUUUGCGAUGCUCUUUACAUGCGAACUCGUCAUUGCUGUCAUUGCAAAAGGCCUCUUCUUUGGCCGCGGUGCGUACCUCAAGGACCCGUGGCGCAUCCUCGACGGCUUCAUCGUCUCCGUCUCCGUACUGCCGUACUUGAUCGGCAACGCCAAAGGCACGCUCUCGGGGCUCCGCGCACUUCGGGCGUUCCGCGCGUUCCGGCCACUCCGCGUCAUCAACAAGCUGCCGCAGCUCAAGAUCGUCGUCAACACGCUCUUCCGGUGCAUCCCGGACAUUCUGAACGCGCUCGUCUUCUUCUUCUUCAUGCUCUUCAUCUUUGGCUUGAUGGGCAUCUCGCUCUUCAAGGGCGCGCUCAGCACGUGCUCGAUCAGCCCGUAUACGUACACCCAAGGCACGGGCACGCCAGCGUUCCCACCGUGGUUCCCGUCCGGCUACGCAGGUGACUUUGUGACCAACAUGACGAGCAUCGACACCAUGACGUACCCGAUUGCAUGGAGCAAUAUGACGGCGAGUCAAAAGGCGCCGUAUGCAGCCGUAUGGAACACGACGGGGUGCGGGCCGUUCGCAGACGACUACCUGCCGACGUCCAAGCAAAUGUGUCUCUGCUUUGCGGCGACCCACAAAACCACGUGGAAUUCGCUCGUGCCCCAAAAGUUUGACAACAUUUUUUGGGCUGUCGCUGGUUUGUAUGAGCUCACGACAAUGGAGGCGUGGUCGCUCACAGCCUUGGCGGCUGUCGACUCAGUCGGCGAAGACAUGCAGCCGAUCCUAAACAACCAGCCGCUCGUCAUGAUUUGGUGGUGGCUCUACAUGAUUGUGUGCGCGUUCUUCAUCACGAACCUCUUUAUCGGUGUCUUGUGCGACAGCUUCUGCCGCGAGUCGUACGGUGCCGUCGUCACGGAAGAGCAAAUCAAGUGGAUCAAACUCCAAAAGAAAGUGCUCGCGCUCUCGCCGCAAGUGACGCACCCGGUACCACACGGGCGCUUCCGCGAGCUCAGCUUUCACAUUGUGCACUGGCCGUGGUUUGAGUACAUCAUCACGGCGUGCAUUCUUGUCAAUAUGAUCUGCAUGGCGAUCCAAGCGUACGGCCAGAGCGCGUCCUUCUUGCUUGCACUCUCGGUCCUCAACAGCAUCUUUACCGGCAUCUUUACGUGCGAAGCGAUCCUGAAACUCAACGCGUUCGGCUACGCCUACUUUGACGAAGCAUGGAACCGGUUCGACUUUACCAUCGUUGUCUUUGCCAUGGCGAGCAUUAUUUUGCCGCUCGUGACAACGUCGUUGAGUCUCGGCACGGUGCUAACGGUCGUCCGCGUCUUCCGCGUCGGGCGCGCGCUCCGGCUCAUCAAGAAGGCCAAGCUCAUGAAGAACUUGUUUGAUACGCUCACCGUGUCGCUGCCCGCAGUGGGGAAUGUCACGAGCUUGCUCAUGCUCCUCUUUUACAUUUACUCGGCCGUCGGCGUCCAGCUCUUUGCCAAGGUCGCGUACAACAACCAGGGCAUCCACCAGUACCAGAACUUUCAGAACUUUUUCCGCGCGCUCCAAGCGCUCAUUGGCUUUAGCACGGGCGAGAACUGGGACAACUUUACGUGGGAAAUCUACUACACGUCGCCCGCAACGAACCCAAGCUGCGACGACCGCACCUUCAACGGCAACAUGUGCGGCUUCAACGACACGGACCCGUACAACUGCAUUCCCCUCGACGGCUGCGGCUCGUGGUUCAUCGUGCCAUUCAUGUACUCGAUGUACCUCAUCAUCGGGUAUCUUGGCAUGAACCUCUUCUCGGGUAUCGUGAUUGAUGCGAUUGGCGACUCGUCCGCGGCGUCGCCUGUGAACCCCGCGACGCUGGCCGAGUUUGCUGACCGGUGGGCCGAGUUUGACCCGCAAGGCGGUGGCUUGAUCACGGCUGAGGAGCUCGCGGACUUUCUCUACACGGUGUACCCGCCGUUUGGCUUCAAGUCCGUGCCUGGCUUCACACGGCGCCGCGUCGUCAUUGCAAUUGGUGAGCUCGACAUUCCGGUCUACGACAAGAUCUACGUGCACUUCAAGGACGUCCCGCGGGCGCUCGUCAUGCGGGUAUUGGCCGAGGGCAGCGUCACCAAGUACAACGAGAUCAACAAACUCAUGGACCAGCUCGGCAUCAACAAGCAGUUUGACGAGCUCUGGCACCGCCGGCGCGGCAAGAAGCAAAAGGAUCGGCUCUCGAUGCGAGAGGUCGGCCGCGUCAAGGAGUACUCGGCCACCAUCAUGAUCCAGCGCUUCGUCCAGCGCGCGCGCGCCAAGCGACUGCGCGCCAAACUCGCCGCCACGGAUUUGUCGACGAGCGACCCCGACCUAGCGCACGAGUCGGCGACGGUGCACGGCGAGCCGCUCAUGUCUGUGGACGCCCCCGAGACGACCGAAGCGUCGACGGCCAUCGCGUGAAAAUGACAAUUGGCGAGUGUGUGCUGGCUGCAUGAAGGAGUCGGCGAUGCUGUCCA